AUUUGAACCAGAUAUUUCGCAGUUCAACUGGGCGCUUUGACGAGGUCAUCCCAGCCCAGCCUUAUCCCAGUAACUACGGGUGAAAAAUUCGAGAAUAAUGGAGGCAGUGACAUAUCCAAAAAUUUAACGUCAUUAGCUAGUCAUUUUUAUUCUAUUACCAGAAGAGUGGGAUUUAAUUCAUAAUUUAAAAACAUGUUGCUAGGUAAUGGAACGAGUGAGGCGAAUGGGCCGAGCUCUUAAAGGUAGUCCAAAACGCGAAACCGUAUAUCGGCGGAAAUAGAAAUAAUCAACGUAACUUUGAUAAUUGAAUAGAAUUAGAAAAAUGACUGACUGGGAAGAAGUCAAACGUCUUGCAGCUGAUUUUCAAAAGGUUCAACUGAGUUCAACCACUCAAAGAUUAUCGGAACGUAAUUGUGUUGAAAUUGUAUCAUGGCUUAUUGACAGAAAAAUAAUAGAUCUCAUUUUCACAACAGAUGGAAAAGAAUACCUGACUCCUUCACAACUUAUACAGGAUAUUCAAAAUGAAUUGUAUGUGAAUGGAGGUCGUAUUAAUCUGGUUGAAUUAUCCAAAAUAAUUGGAGUGGACCACGGUCAUAUUAACGCUCAUCUUAAUGAAGUGCUUAGAACAAACAAAGAGAUUCACAAUGUAUUAGGACAAUUAAUUGAUACAAAUUAUCUCACGAAAAUCUCUGGUGAAAUAAAUGAAAAAUUACAACAGCAGGGUCAGAUUAGCAUUGGAGAGUUGACUUUGCAAUAUGAUUUACCCUCCGAAUUUUUACAACAACUGGUAGAAAAAAAUCUUGGCAAAGUUAUUGUUGGCAAACAGGAUACCAGUGAUCCGAGAAUAUUCUUCACAGAAUUGUUUAUUGCUCGAAUUAAGGCAAAAUUGAGAGGUGCAUUAGCAAGUUUGACACGACCGACACCUGUAGCUUCCAUCUUGAAUCACAUAGAGUUAAAUGAAAAAUUGUUUUUUUCAUUAUUUGAUCAGUCUUCAAUGUAUGGUAGUUUGACUAGCAAAUCUAUUGGUGCCCAGUAUAUACCCAAUGUUUUUGUUAGAUCACAGAGUGAAUGGGUAAAUAAUUUUUAUAAACAAAAUGGAUAUCUCGAAUUUGAUGCGUUAAACCGCCUGGGGAUAGCAGAUUAUAAAUCUUACUUGAAAAGGCAAUUUGCUAAUGAAGAUUUGAUAUUUCUGAAUUCAGUUGUUAUUUCCAAAACAUUUUUAGACCGAAUUGAUGCUGAUAUUGAGGAAUGUAUAUCAAGCAAAAGCUAUGUUGAUCUGCAGAACAGUUUGCCUUCAGUUUUCAGUUUGGCAGAUAUAAAAUGUAUAUGUGAAAAAGUUUUAGUUGGAGUAAAAAGUCAACAAAUCAUAGUAAUGGAUAAUUACAUAGUUAGCAGAUUAUUCAUAGACUCCUUAGAAAACAGUUGUCAGGUAUUUGUUGAAGAGAAGGCAGAGACUGCAGUAGAGUCAGGUCAAUAUCAGAAAUACUUAAUUGAUAUACAAGGGGAUCAACGAAAACAUCAGAAAUAUGAAGAUGUUAUAGAGAAAAGUGAUAAGAGAGAAGAAAGGCGAAAGAAAGCAGUGAGUGGUAAAAGUGGAGGGGGUACUCAAGGAAGAGAAACAAAAACCAAAUCAACAAAAAAACAUGCUAGAAGUUCACACAAAAAUGAUGAUGAAGAAAGUCAUGACUUAGAAGAAAGUAAGAAAAUUGAAUUCCUAUCUAAAAAAGAAAUUAUGGACAUAAUUGAACUACCGUUGGUGAAAGAAGGUUUGGAGGAUUUGGUGGAUGAAAUAAGUAAUUUCUUGCAUACUAAAGUGAACCAAAUUGCUCUGAACCUGGCAGCCGAUAUCUUUGCAACAACUGUGGCCGAUAAAACAGCUACCAGGAGGCAGACACAUAAUGAACUGCAAAACAAGCUUAAUUCUUUGAUUACUGAUGUUCGGCUGUUUGAAAAGGGCAUUAAAUUGCUUCCAAGUGAGAUGCAAACAGCCUUGAUCAAAUAUUUAUGCAAGACUUUAUGUUCAGAUAUAACAAAUGAAAUACUAAAUUAUGUGGCUGCUGAAACUAACUUGAAUUCUAUAAUGGACAACUCUAACAUUGAUCAGAAAAUAAAGUUUGUCAAUGAAUUGCCAAGCGAAUUUAGAACACCAUUAUUGCCUUUGGUGAAAAGUUUGUCAGGUCAGAGCAUUGAUGAUUUUAUGACUGCAGUUGACACCGCACUAUCCGCUUGCAGCAUGAUAAUAAAAAAAGUUGACAAAAAGAAAGAUCGCAGUAUUAUGCUUAGUUAUAAACAACAACUUUUGGAAAAACUUAAUAAUUGUGAAGAUCUGGCCAUGGUGCUUCACUUGGCUACCUUAAUUAUUUUCACAUCAGCUACACAGUGUAUGCUACACGCUAGCGGUAAACAUGUCCCAUCUUUGUUGACUUUUUUGAAGCAGUAUGUAAACGAAGAACAAAUGGCGGAACUCUUAUUGUAUCAUGACUUUGUCACCUUAAUGUUGGGUAACGGAUCAGAGGCAGAAAAUGCCAAAGAAAAACUUAAAGAAAAAGUAAAUAUCGUAAAGAAAAUUGCAAAUGAAUAUAAGAAAUCAAUUAACGAAAAACCAUAAUGUUUCAGAUAUUGACUUAACAACCUUGUACAUUGUAAAGUAUUUUAUUUUAAACUAAUUUUGGAG